UCCGUCUUCUGAUAUUUUUUAUCUUCACUCUUUUAAGGAUAAGUAAAAUUGAGGGAGAGAUAUUAUUUUUCGAUUGCACUUUACAUGAGAGGGCUUCGUGUUUAGUUUUUUGAAGAGUCGGGGAAAAAGUGACGAGGAAAUUUUUUUUUUUGGUAGAAAGUCAUGAGGAAAUUUUACCGUGUUCUAGAACUAUAAAAUAGGAUGUUAAAAUUUUAACUGAAUUAUAAGGUAUAGUGCAAUUAGUAAACUGUUCCGUCGGUGAAUAGACUUUUCAUACAAAAAAUACAGUGAAAGUAUUUUGUGGCCUGUAUAUAUCGAUAUAUGUAUAAUUUCAUUACAUAAAAAGUGUGUGUCAUUGCUCUAACUAACAUAUACACUUGAAGGAAAUGGUGGUUUUCACAUGAUUAUAAGUAGUCAUGCAAAAUAUAAUAUGGUCUUUGUUUGAACAUAAAGUAGCUUCUUCAUUCCUCCCACCUCUCUCUCUGUGCUUAGCCAAGAAGGGAAGAACAGAUCAUGGCUAGAAAAUUAACAAUCAUCUGCUUCCUCUUCCUUAACAUCAUCUUUAUCUUCGUCUUCUUUUCAGUCGAGGCAUCGGGUAUUGGGGUCAACUGGGGAACAAUGGCGACCCACCAGCUCCCCCCCGACAAGGUGGUGAGGAUGCUGAAGGAGAAUGGGUUCACAAAACUGAAACUGUUCGAGGCCGACGAGAGGAUCUUGGAAGCCCUUAUUGGGUCAGACAUCGAAGUCAUGAUUGCUAUCCCGAACUACAUGCUGAAGAAGAUGAGUGAGGACAUGAGCUACGCCGUCUCCUGGGUCGAGGCCAAUGUCACCCGAUACAAGUACUGGGGUGGAGUCAAUAUCAAAUACAUCGCGGUUGGCAAUGAACCGUUCUUGCAAACCUACAAUGCCACCUACAUACCAUACACGUUGCCCGCCCUUCGGAACAUAUACGAAGCACUCCACAAGGCGGACCUUGAGACAAAGGUCAAGGCCACCGUGCCCUUAAAUGCUGACGUUUACAACUCCCCAGCAUCGAGCCCUGUCCCGUCCUCAGGUGAUUUCCGAGCGGAAGUACGGGACGAUGUGAUAGAGAUCAUCCACUUUCUGUACCGGAUCAACUCGCCCUUUACGGUAAACAUUUACCCGUUCCUGAGCUUAUAUGGAAAUGAUUAUUUCCCAGUGGAGUUCGCCUUCUUUGAGGGACUGGCCCAGCCCAUCAGGGAUGGGGACCUGGUCUACACGAACGUGUUCGAUGCUAAUUUCGACACCCUGGUGUUUGCUCUCGACAAGGCUGGUUACACGGAUAUGGAGAUCAUAAUUGGGGAAGUCGGGUGGCCUACGGAUGGCGAUAAGAAUGCAAACAUCCACAAUGCCCAGAGGUUCAACCAGGGCCUAAUCCGGCGCGCCCUGAGCGGGACCGGAACACCUGCCCGGAAGGGAGCCAUUGACUUUUACCUCUUCAGCCUGCUGGACGAGGACGCAAAGAGUGUUGCCCCCGGGACCUUCGAGAGGCACUGGGGGAUCUUUGAGUUCGACGGGAAGCCCAAGUACGAGCUUGAUCUCUCGGGGUCCGGGAACGCCACGGGGCUAGUUGCAAUCGAGGGUGUGCCCUACUUGCCGAAUAAGUGGUGCAUUCUCAACCCGGAGGGCGGUGAACUAUCGCACCUACUGCCCAAUACCGUAGACUAUGCUUGUAGCUUAUCCGAUUGUACGGCCCUUGGCUAUGGCUCCUCUUGCAAUCACCUGACCGAGGAAGGAAAUGCAUCAUAUGCAUUCAACAUGUACUACCAGAUGAAUGAUCAGAAAGAGUGGGCGUGCGAUUUCUUGGGUCUGGCCGUCGUGACCGAUCAUGAUCCGUCCGAUGAGAACUGCCGGUUCCCGGUAAUGAUCUCAUCGGCUCAUCCAAGAUUCUGGUGCCACAGUCUAUCAGGCAUUUUCCGGGCUGUUGUUCUAAUAGCUUAUGUGAUGAUUUGCAUAUCUUUUGCAUUUUUUAGUUAGGAUUAUCCUGCAGGUUUAGUUCUUGUUGAUUGACUAAUUUUUGUUAAUUGGUUGUAGAGACAGGACUAUACUGUAAAGACUUAUUAUUAGGCAUUUCCAAUUCAUGCUUAGCAA